GCUACUAUGUUCACCAUUCUCGUAGUUACGUGUCCUGCAUUGUUGAAAAGGAUAGAUCAGGGAGUUCAACACAAUAAGGAAUCAAAACAUGCAGAAGGCGAAAAGGUUUCACAGCUCAUGUGUGAUAGCAGAGAUGAUGAAUUGGACCAUCGAUGGCCAGCUGUUGAGCCUCGUGAUCACAACAAGAACAAGCGCUCGGCUCAACAUUCAUCUUCUACAGAAAAGGAGUUGUAAGGAGAUGAAGGAAGAAGGUGAUGAAGCAGAGGUAGAGCCUAAUCAAGAUCAAUGAGCAUUGUUUGCAUAUCAGGUUCUAUGUACGUCUACUAAUGGAUCGCAGUACUGGAUGCUCCAAAGGUAAAUGAACAAGAUCGAGAAGAAAAAUAUGUAAUACUCUUUAAUCAGACUCGGCAUUGGCACAUGAAUGAUUGUUGUGGUUGUGGUGGUGAUUUUAUGGAGCCUUGUCGGUCCCCAUGGCAAUAGCACUGUCUGGUCAGCCUCUUCUUGGGCUGCCAGUGAUGGUUUAACCAUCUGAUGCUGAGAUUAAUGAUCAUAGAGGUGGUCUACUUAACAUGCCAAACUUUGUGGUAAUGUUAUUGGGAAAGAAAGGGUAUAGAAAAGCAGCAAAGGCAGUGGUGUCAAACUUCUGCAGCUACUUGAACGCUUACAUGUUAAUGUGUUCAGCCUCAAUCCCAUUUGGGACUACAACUGGACUCAUUUUGGGCAGAUGUUUACGCAUUUAUUGGGGGCCAAAGGGGAAAAUGAGAAUAGGAGCUGCAUGGGUACUCGCCGCCUCUCUCUCCGCCUUGGCUUACCCCCAUGGCCUUUCUUUGCCUCUUUUCUUCCUUGUCAUAGGUCUUGGCAUUGGCAUCAUCAUAGAGGCUGUUCCUCUAUUGUAUAAGCAAAUAACUCGCGAGGAUGUCCAUUCGAAAAUUGCCAAAGUAUUUAAUCUUGCGUAUUAUCUCGGAAUCGUCUCAGCAUUACUCGUAAACUAUUUGGUUUCCCGUUACUGGCCAAAUGGUUGGAGAGUAACGUUUUCAAGUGUAGCAUUUCCGGCAUUCAUGUUAAUCUUGGCAUCACUUUUUCUCAACCGAACCAAAGUGAACGAUCCUGAGGAAUCGUGCAUGGUUUUGUUACGGCAACACAAAGGUGUCUUCCUGCACAAGACGGGUUUCCUUCUGCUGGCUCAGUUCAUGGGAUCGUCGCAGCUGGUGUUUUACGGGCCAAUGAUUUUGGAGUCGCUGAACUUUGGGAGUUACCAGCGAUUCCUUACCCCUCUCAUUGGUUCCUCAAUUGGUUCUCUGGUCGUUGCCAUUGUCAUGCUCUUCGUCGUCCCUCGCAAUCUCCGGAGACCAACGUUUCUCAUCUCUUGCGCUCUUAUUUGUAUUUCCCAGUUCUGUAUGUGGGUCCUUUUCCACUUUUGGGGGAGUAGAGAGCACCACUUCAAGUCAUCAAUAGUGAGCACAAUUGGGGUGGUGGUGUUGAUUGUGAUAUAUGGGAGUUACUUUGUGAUAGAUGGGCCUUAUGGUUGGACCAGGAAAGAGUAUCCUAAAGCGGUGCAAGGGGUUGGCAACACUUUGGAGACGGCGGUGAUGCGAACUGUGAUUGGCCUCAUGAACUUAUCGGCUCCUCUCUUCAUCUGUGCCCUUAAGAAAUGGACGUUUCUCUAUCUUUCUGUGCUUGGAUUCGGGUAUUGCCUUAUAGCUUAUUGGUUUGUACACGAUCAUUGACAAGUCCACGUCGUCAAUGUGACCCGUUUGGUGAGCUUCGGAGACGUGAUAUGAGUUUUGAAAUUCGAUUGGGUUAUGAAGCAUGAAAGAAAAGUGUGUGGAGAAAACAGAAAUAAAACCAUAGUUGCUUGGUGAGCAAUUACGAAAUCAAAUACAGAAUGCAAG